AUCGAGAACAUUGCAGGUGACAUUCAUCCCCCCUUUUGAUAUCGAGAGGUUUGGAGAUACAUGGAUUGUGGUAGAAGGGCCAUUGUCGAGCUUCCUGUGCAUUUUCCCCAUUGUCUUCGCCACAAUGGGGUGUAGGGUUAGGGUUCUGUGUUGGUCUCGUCUCACCAGCCAAGACUUGUCCAAAGGACGAUCACACUAGACAACUCGGCGCUGCAUGCCCUACGAGGAUGACUCCGCCCCGCCUCGCUUGUCCUUAAACCACAGUCAUGUCGAGAGCGGUAACGACGACGAGAAUAAUGCCCCCAUCUCAAAUGGUUACCUCGAUGACCAGGAUAUGGACGCAUUCACAGACCACUGGUUCAAUAGUACAAGCCUUGGCUCCUCUACUAUUAACGAGGAAGAAACACAGAAUUUCCAGGACGAGAUACAUUUGAUAUCAGACAAUGUCCACGAGAGCCUGAUUGAGCACGCUUGGGUCUCGGAUAACCAUGUUCAUCUCAACGGCACAGAAAGCCAUACAGCCACUAGCACUUUUCAUCCUCUUCGAAGCCCAUCAAUUUCAUCUAAAUCCUCCAAUCCUUACAUCAGUAGUGUCGCUAGUACGAGCACUACCGACGGCGUUACGCGCCCGCGCCUUACUCGCUUACUCUCCCAAUCUGCGCUCAACGAUUCCGACUCUACCACCACUCAAGAACUCACAAUUAGAAACAAUCCUAGACAUCCAAGCCAACAUCUGCGGGGCUCGACAUCCCCGCCUCACAAUGAAGUAUCUUAUGCCAGUGCUAUUCCCGACAUGGAACACGAGACAGCCGUGAUUGUGCACCGCGUUGUACCGAAUGAUUCUCUCCCUGGUGUUGCCCUUCGCUACGG